AUGCCUCCGCAAACUUCAGAAGCUCUUAUAGCUCUCAAUUAUUACGGCCGCUAUACUACUAAAAAAGAAUACGACCGCGCCUUUCAAGAAGCGCGCGAUUGGGCUUUAGAAGAUAUGGAAACCGAUAAUGAAAGAGUAAAACGACCGAAAAGCGAAUGUGCUGCCACGUCAGCACGUAUAUUCGGAAUCAAAGAACCUGCUUUACGAAAAGCUGUAUACCGAGCUAAAAAGAAAAAGCGCAAUCUUAUCACAAUACGCGCUAGAAUCAAUCACUUAAGAGCAUUUAAAGAUUGGCUCCGCCGAAACCCCGAUCUUUAUACAAUCAAGACUAAACCAAUCGAGCGCGUUAGACUCGAAUCGCAUACCGAAGAGGAGAUAAAGAAAUGGUUCGAAGAAUUGCAAAAGGAUAUAGUUCUUUAUAAUAUCAACAUUCCGAAAAAGCUUUUGAAUAUGGACGAGUCGGGAGCGCGUGUUAGAUGUCCGCCGAGAGAGACUGUGAUCGUUCUAAAAGAAGUCAAAGAAAUGUAUACAAGCUCUUUAAACAAUCGCAAAUCGAUUACAAUCAUUGAAACUAUUCGAGCAAACGGCAAAAAGACUCUUCCGCUAUAUAUCAUUACACCGAGCAAGAAGAUUAUAGAGAAUUGGAUUACGGAUGAGCUUACAAGAAAGAGAUCAAUACUCAACGAAGAAAACGAUAAAGAUAAUCUCGAGCUUCCCGCGCUUCGUCCUUUUCGACUUGAAGAUUUAUGGACUACAACUGCAAAAAUCAAUUUAUUACGCACUCAAGAUCCGACACAGUUUUCCGAUGAUACGAAAGAACUCUUUAAAAUUACGAUGAAGCAAGCUUCUAUCGAGCUUCAAAAAGCACAUCUUACUUCGAUGGAACAUAUUAAUCUUCAGGAAAAGAUUAGAGAAGAUAGGAAACGCAAAAGAACAUCGCGAAAGAGUAUUUAUAAAAGAGGUUCUUCUACUGCAACUAGCGAUUUAAAAGAACGAAUUCAAAUUCGUACGGAAGCAGAAAGGGUAGCGGCGUUACGAAAAGCUAAGAAAACACUUCAAGCAGCUAUCAACAAGCACAAUAAGCUCUUGAAAGAGCAAGGUAUAGCUGCUCGAAGAGCUAAUAGAGCUAAAAGAGACCGAGUUCAGCUUGCAAUUACAAGAAAUAGCUUGCUUGCACCCGAAGAUUUAAUCUUAGAUCGAGAGCUUGAUAAAGCACUUACUACGAUCGAAGACGCUCGCUCAACGCGCGAAGGUCACCUUGAACUAUUCUAUAUAGUUCUUCAAUUGGAAGCUGAAUUAAAAAGAGAAACGAAGAGCUAUAUCGAUUUUCUUGAGCUUGAUCUUUUAAUUAAGACUAAUAAUUCACGAGUAGAACAGCUAAAUCACGACGAAUUCCGCGAAUCGAGUCCAAUUAAAAGUAUUUUAUAA